ACGCGCGCGCGCAGCGGCCAGGAGAGGGAGGAGGAGAGUCGACAGUCAUCUGAAUCUUUUCCUGUCCCACCCUCUACCGGACAGACGGAAAGAGUUCACGGUAAACGGGCUCAACACACCGCGUUUGGGAGCGAUUCUGAGCCGAGCGAAUGAAGACGAUCGACACGCGGCGGCAGAAAGGACGCGACGCCAUUAAACCAGCGAGACGCGAUCAGCUGAGCGCCUCUUCCUGCCACAGACGCCGAGAAAGAAGCUCCAGAAGCUGAGCAGAAGUUCAGAAUCCGCUGAACGGAGACCCGCGAUGGUCGGUCCGGACGGGACACCCGACGAUGCGAUCCGGGCGAGCGUGAGAGAGCGUUUCUGAGCGCGUUUGGCCGCAGCUUGAGUCGGCUUUUCCUGCUAUUCUUCUUCUGAGCGCUUCCUGCUCGGACAAAACCACAGAAGCAGCAGCUAAAAAUACUGACCUCUCAAUGGAGCGCUGACCGGAGGCUCUCCUGGGCUGAUGCGUCUCCUCUUACACCAGCCGCUCGGACUCUGAGAUCUCACUAAGUCAUGCUUCUGUCUCUUUGAACUCAUGUGAGGUUUGACUGUGUUGUUUUCAGAGUAUGCUGGAAGAAACACUCUUCAAGUGACUGUCCGUCACCCACUUGGACCUCGGAGCGUCCACUUACUCCGUUCACGUCUACAUGGGGAUUGAUGUCUGAUGGAGACACGUCCACCGAUGAUCCGGACGUACACAGAUCUGGGGGCGAGAGGGGUCGUGACGUACCCACCUGAACUAAAACAACACUCUUCAUCUGAUUUCAACCCAAGAGCCUUGUAAACUCCAUGGAGCCGCUGAAGAACAUAUUCUCCCGCGGCCCGCUGUCCACCUGGAAGAGCCUGGACCAGACUCCGAAGGGAAACUUCACCAACCCGGUUUGGACCGCUUUGUUUGACUACGAGGCCACGGGGAAGGAUGAACUCACGCUGCGUAAAGGGGACCUGGUGGAGGUCCUGUCUCUGGAUUCGGAGAUAUCCGGAGACGAAGGAUGGUGGGCGGGAAAGGUCAACAACAAGGUGGGAAUCUUCCCCUCCAACUACGUCUCCUUCAAGCCCAGCGGGUACGGGGAGCUGCAGGGCUCCGGUUUGGGACCGGCUGUGGUGAGCGAGCUGGAGCCGGAGACGGUGGACUUCAGCGAGCUGAGUCUGGAGGAGGUCAUCGGGGUUGGCGGGUUCGGGAAGGUUUACCGAGGGACCUGGAAGGGCGAGCUGGGGGCGGUGGUGAAAGCGGCCCGUCAGGAUCCGGACGAGGACAUCAGUGUCACGGCCCAGAACGUCCAGAACGAAGCCAGGCUCUUCGCCAUGCUCAAGCACCCCAACAUCAUCGCACUCAUAGGUGUUUGUCUGCAGGAGCCCAACCUGUGUCUGGUCAUGGAGUACGCGUCCGGCGGCCCGCUGAGCCGCGCUCUGGCCGGACGACGGAUCCCGCCGCAUGUGCUGGUCAACUGGGCGGUGCAGAUCGCCCGAGGGAUGCAGUACCUGCACAACGAGGCCAUCGUCCCCGUCAUCCACCGAGACCUCAAGUCCAACAACAUUCUGCUGGCGGAGCCUGUGGAGAAGGACAGCAUCGAGGGUAAAACCCUGAAGAUCACAGAUUUUGGUCUGGCGCGCGAGUGGCACAAGACGACUAAGAUGAGCACCGCGGGAACCUACGCCUGGAUGGCGCCGGAGGUCAUCAAAUCAUCCACCUUCUCCAAGGGCAGCGACGUCUGGAGUUAUGGGGUGUUAUUGUGGGAGCUGCUGACCGGAGAGGUUCCCUACAGAGGGAUCGAUGGUCUGGCCGUGGCUUACGGAGUCGCUGUGAACAAACUGACCCUUCCGAUCCCCUCCACCUGCCCCGAGCCCUUCACCCAGCUCAUGUCCGAGUGCUGGGAUCAGGAUCCGCACCGGAGGCCCAGCUUCUCCUCCAUCCUGCAGCAGCUGAUGGCUCUGGAGGAGCAGGUGAUGCACGAGAUGCCGCAGGACUCCUUCCAUUCGCUCCAGGAGGACUGGAAACUCGAGAUCCAGGACAUGUUUGACGAGCUGCGGGCCAAAGAGAAGGAGCUGCGGUGUCGCGAGGAGGAGCUGAAGCGCGCGGCGCUGGAGCAGAAGUCUCACGAGGAGUUCCUGCGUCAGCGCGAGCAGCAGUUAGCGCAGUGGGAGCAGGACGUGUUCGAGCGCGAGCUAUCGCUGCUCAUCCUGCACCUCAACCAGAACCAGAAACCCAACGUCAAGAAGAGGAAGGGAACCUUCAAGAAACACAAGCUGAAGGUGAAGAACGGAGAGAAGAUCAGCAUGCCGCAGGAUUUUAUCCAUAUGAUCACGGUCCAGGCUUCUCCGUGUUUGGAGAAGAGGCGUAAUUCUCCGGAUCUGGGCUCGCCGUCCAUCGGUCCGCGCUUCCGAGCGAUACAGCUGGGUCCCAGCGAGAGUAAGUGGAGCUCUGUUUGGCCGCUGGAGUCUCUUCCUCUCAAACAGACCAACGGCGAGAGGAGACUCACUUCUCAUCUGAGCCCCAAAAGCCCCAAAAGUCCAAAGAUCCUCCGUCUGAGUGCGCAGGAGAACAGGUACGGGUGUACGGCAGCGUGUUUGUGUGUGAAACCACUGAAUCUGAAGUUUGUGUUUGUGUUUGUGUGUGUGUGUGUAUGAGAGUAUGUCGUUGAGGUGGACAGUAACGAGAGCGCGGGUUCGAAAGCUGAUUUUGAGGAGUAUAGACCCAUCACACCAGAAUCCAGCCACAAUGAGGGCUCAGAGAGUGAGGAAGGCGGCUUGUCCCCGUGCAGUUCUCCCAGACCGGAUCAGUCCGGGCCGCUCUGUCUGGGAAAGAGCACACACCGCGCUCUGCUCGGCAGCGCUGCCCUGCUGGCGUCCGUGGCUCUGGGGCGCUGUCUGGAGCCGCAGCACCCGCCCACACCGCCGCCGCGGGCCUCGUCACGGACACACCUGCCCACACUGGAGCCGGAGCCGGAGCCGGAGCCAGACCGCUCCCCGGGGCCUGAGGUGGUGGGAGAUCUGAUCACGUUCAGCACGGACUCACUGCCGCGAGGCUUUCUGGACUCGCUGAAGCAGCCCGAGAUCAUGCCGCUCACGCCGCCGCCGCCUAACCCACGGGACAGAGAGCGGCCGGGGCGCAGGACUGCCAGGGACUGGAUCACACAUGCCAACGGAGACGCCGAGGUGCCGCAGCAGAGCGGAGAGCGCAGGAGGAGGUCCAGCUCUGGACUGAACUCAUCACAGCUCCUGUUGGAUCUUCCGCUGUGUCAGGACACGUUUGAGGCCGAGGACAAGUCUCUGCUGCCGUUCGCCCUGUAUCCAGACCCCCGAUUGUGGAGCCCUAAAACACGGCGUCUGGAGGUCAACAUCGUCCCUCGGCCACGUCCGUCCCCUAACCGACCCCGCAUCGACCCGUGGAGCUUCGUAUCGGCCGGAGUGACGGACAGACCGGGCGCCAAGAAAGCCGUCAGCAGUCCCACGAGCCCUCGACUGGGGUACCAGCCCUCGCCCACAAACCCCUUCACAAACUGUGACCCCUUCCCUUCCCCGGACUGCGAUCCCUUUAAUCUGAAGGUCGACCCUUCUAUGAACUCGGACCACUCCUCGACCUUUGACCCCUUCUCGGCCCCCUUCCCCACCUCGCGCUCGGCGCCCUGCUCCACCAACGGCAGUCCCAAUCUGUCCCUGAGGGUGGCGCCGCUGAACCCGGCCGACUCUCCGCUCAUAGACCUGAGUUGGAUGGGCAUCAGCCGGCCGCUCGACGGCACCAAAGAGAGGGUCCAUCCUCACCGGAGCCUCGGCCUCAGUCCGUUCAGAUCGCCGGCGCCGCUCAGAGACGACCGCUUCUGAACACUGUCCCAUAAACGAGGGUCCAUGCCAAUUCUGGGAAAGAAACCAAGGAGAUUUCCAUUUGACCCAGUACUGCUGAUGAUCUAAAUGCUCAUUCAGUGAAACCUCAGUGUCUUCCUCUCUUGACUGGUUGGUCUUCCUGUCUUCCGGCACUGUCUCAGGGUCCUCAUGGCCUCUAGUUGCGCUUAAGUAGAUCCGCACACGUUGCAUCGCUUUAUUUGGUCUCAAAAGUGAUGCAGUCAUUGUCGAAUGAUUUCAGAUUGAUUCUAUGUUUCAGCCCACAUUCGUCUCUGUAUCAAGUUCUUGUGCGUUCCAUAAUUCACGUCACGCAUUCCUGAAUGAGUCGAGAAGCGUUCUGCUGACCUCUCUGGUGGUGUUUGGGCAGGAGAAGUGGGCGGUUUUCUUAAAUUAAAGGUGUUGAGUCAGAGAUUAUGGGGAUGUAUCAGCAGAUAUACAGAUUAUGAAAUCAUGUUUUAGAUGCCCUCGUGUUGGCUCGCCAGAUGUAGGACUGAAGAGCGUCAGGUAGUGUUUUAGUCAAAAGCAAUACGGAAACCUCAAAUCACUUUCAUCAUCAGUAGAUUUGUCUGGUUUUUCAGUAAUAUUUAAAUAGUCUUGAAUCUAGGUUGGGUUUCCAGUACAUAAUAUCUAAAUAUUCAAAAAUCUAAACACAUUUACUGGAGAUGCAAACUGAAAAGUCUUGUUUUCCGAUGAAAAUGAUCAAAAUGAAGUGAGUUUAUACUAGAGAUCUGUUCAUGGGGCAAGAAAACUGAACUCAGUUCAAAGGGAAAACAAGUUUAUAUUUCUUACUCCAGAUUUCUUUCUUGUUUUAAGCAGAAAAUUAAAUUCAUAUUGAUCGUUUUUAAAGGCAAACAAGACUUAAUAUCUUCAAGUCUUUUUGCUUCUCGAAUAAAUGUGUCUUUAAGACUGGUUAGAUGUUUGCACUGGAAAACAAGACAGAUAAAGCGAGUAAGAGCAGUGUUUAACUGAUAAUAAGCGCCUGAGGAACACUAUAGUGAUGAGAGGAUGUUCCUCUAAGUGUUCAUUGGUUUCUCCUGCUGUUCUUUGACUGUAGAUCCGAUCCAGAUCUGAUGACUCUGGUCUGCUCUAGCUCCCCCUGCUGGUCGCUCUCCUCUCUGAUGUUCUUCCUAACACUGAGAGUCCUCCGGGAGGCCAUGCAGUGGGGCGGGAGACGCUGAGCUGAACCGUGGCCUCCUCUGGUGCUCCAUCACCGUACGCUUGUAGAGCAGAGCAUAUUUACAAAUGUCAGAUCAUUCUAAGUGACUCGUUUUUAGAUAUUUUGUGUAUUAUUUCAGAUUUUAGAUGCAGUAAUAACUACAUAAAGCAGUGCAGCAUAAAAUACUGAUCAGUCUGUGAAUGUCAUAGAGUGAAUUUGGUGUAUUUAACACCGCAAACCAUCAGCUAUCAGCACCGUAACCUCAGCUAGAAUAGUGUGAAUAUGUGUUCACCUGAUUCUCGUUCGGCCUGCACAGACGCUGCUGAGCAUCUGUCAUUCUCCUCCGUUCGCAUCGGAUCGCCUGCGGUUUCCUCUCUGUUUCUCAUCAGAGCGAGCAGAAGUCAUUGCAGCCCUUCGGUCAGACAUCAGUCCACCGCUGAGAGUGCUUUAUUACCUGAACUCGUCCUCCUGAACAACCCCACAUCCAGCGCUGAGAGUGUGUAUUAGUCGUGUUUUAGGUCUUUGUGUGUCGCCGCAGGUUCAUGUUCACACGAGAUCGAGGGCUUGACGGUGAAAAUCUUUCUGCGUAUGGAAGCUCAUUUCCGCCACGGAAUAAAAAAAGUCAUUGUCACAGUCUUACAAUUAAUGUCUCGCAGAUCUGAGUUCAUGUCUGAGUUAAAAGGGAGAGUUCACCCAAAAAUGAAAAUUGCCCCAUUAUUUACUGACCCUCAAGCCAUUCUAUCUGUGUAUGACUUUCUUCUUUCAGACAAAUCCAAUCAGAGUUAUAUUAAAAAAUAUCCUAGCUUUAUAAUGGCACUGAAUGGGUGUUUCUGUUCAACAGUCCAAAAGAAGUCCAAUAAAGUGCAUCUAUCAUCAUAAAAAGUAUCCUUUGCUACAUUCUUCAUCAUCUGCCGGAAUGAACGCGUGUAUGACAGUCAGCGCAAGCUAGAAAUUAUGGUUUAUAAAGUUUUAAAUAUGGAUAUGUUUCUUACACAAAUGCAUUGAUUCGCUACAGGAGGCCUUUAUUCACCCCCCGAGCCGCGUGAGACACUUUUUAUGAUGAUGGAUGCGCUUUA